UCCGUUCAUUGUAGACACUGUGAUACGGUGUAUAAGUACAACACAACAACAACUCCAAUGAUGUACCAUUUAAACAACGUUCAUCCGACCGUGGUUAACAACAAUGAAUCCUACUCUCAACCCACCAUCACCUCAGCGUUAGCCCGGAGGAGCUGCGAUGCACGCCGGGCAGAGAAAAUCACAGAUUGCAUCUGCAGAAUGAUUCAAACGGAUAUGCUGCCCAUAAGUGUCGUCGAUGGAAAAGGUUUUCAAGCUGUGAUUAAUUUACUCGAACCAGCUUAUCAUAUUCCGUCACGGCGUACCAUCACCAGGCUCAUAGAAACUCAAUACGGGGAGCGAAAGCAGGAGCUGCUAACAGAGUUAGCCACAGCGGACCGCGUUGCUAUAACCACGGACUGUUGGACCGCUUUAACAGCUGAGAGCUAUAUGACAAUCACCUGCCACUAUAUUUGCAACAACUGGCAAAUGAAUUCAGUGGUGCUGCUCACUGAAAGCCUUCCAAGCAGGCACACAGCCGACCUUCUCGCUGAGAAGAUGAAUGAAGCGGUAGAGCAGUGGGGAUUUGAAGGCCGCGUUAUCGCCUGCGUCCACGACAACGCGGCCAACGUCACGGCUGCCAACAGUCCCACCAGAGUCAGCUGGGUUUCCGUUGCCUGCUUUGCACACACACUUCAAUUAGCCAUAAAUGACGGAAUUUCUCUGUACUUGCAUCGGGUAAUCUCUGCAGCUGGCAGACUCGUUGGCCACUUUAACCAUAGCACUGUGGCAAGCAAUGCGCUGAAGAAGAAGCAGGAGCAAAUGGGUCUCGCAACCCACCGCCUCAUCCAAUCGUGUAAAACGCGGUGGAACUCAGUCUGUGAGAUGUUCGAUCGGCUGGUGGAGCAGCGGUGGGCUGUUGUUGCUGUCCUCUCGGACAGAACCGUGACCAAGCUACAAGAUGCCAGGGUCCUGGAGCUGAAGGAGGAAUAUUGGCAGCUGAUGGAGGAGACACAGCCAGUGUUAGGAGCACUUAAGUGUGUCACAACUGCCAUGUCUGCCGAGAAGGACGUUUCCAUCUCAAACGUUUAUCCCGUGACCUUCAGUCUCAUCAACACCCAUCUCAUGCGGAGAGAAGGAGACAGUACCAGAGUCACCGAAUUCAAGACCAAAGUGAAGUCCUCCCUCAGCAACAGAAUGAAGGUUCAGUCUGACGAGUUUGUGUCAUCCGCCCCCAUGAUUGCAUCAAUGCUGGACCCUCGUCACAAGCAUUUGAGCUUUCUUCAACCAACACAGAGAGUGAUUUCCAAUGCAAAACUGGUUGAACUGGGAGAGGGAAUUGACGCGGGUCAGGCGGCUAACCCACGGGCUGGGGGAAACGAGGCCGCGCUGUCUGACCCGUGCCAGAAGAGCGCCGUUGCUGCCACCACGCACGCUUCUGCAAUGGCACUUCUCCUCGGGGAGCAAUACACAUCCACCCAGUGCGACACUGGUAUUGAGACAGAAGUUCAAAACUUUUUGAGGGAAACACCUCCACCCCUCCAUUGCAGCCCUAUAGAGUGGUGGAAAAUAAAUGAUGGAAAGUUCCCCAGGCUGGCCAGGUUAGCGAGACAGUACCUCUGCAUCCCCGCAACCUCGGUGCCGUCGGAGCGGGUUUUCUCAGCUGCGGGGCUGACGGUCACUAGGCUGCGGUCACGCCUCACCCCCGAGCAUGUGAACAUGCUCAUUUUUCUUAACAAAAAUCAGUAGGUUGAAUCUCCCUCUCGUCUUCUCUCAGCGCGGUGCCUUUGGUUUGAUGUUAUACAUUUUGGCAACAAAAAAAGUCAGCCACGAGUAAUAGGCUAUUUUAUUUAUUAAAUUAUUUUUAGUUGAAAUGAUGCUUUUUGUUUUACUUAAUGAUGAUAUGUAUUUAUUAUUUAAGAGAAUGCACCGCUCUUGUUUUCUACCCGACGCCUCCGCGUAUUUUUUUUAAUAAACACAUGCACAUGUAAACUGUAGCCUAUGUUGUGCAAGAGGAUUAUUUGAUUUCAUGUUUAAUUAUUAUUAGUUCAUAUAAUAUUUUUUUAUUAUGUUUAAAAGAGGCGUAAUUGUAUUUGUUUAUUGUUAAAACACCGGCUCUUAUUUUGUUUCAGCCCGACGCCGCAUAUUUUCUCUGCACAUUUAAACUGUGUUGUGCAAACUUGUUAAAGGUUGUAAAAGGUUGAAAUAAAUAUUUUAUUGAGAAAUAACAGGCUGCCUUUGGUAUUUUCAAUCAUGGACAUUUUUAAUAUGAAAUGUUUAGGAUUAAAUCG